CUCCCAGGCACACUCCCAGACUGUGCAAUUUCCCGCCCGGUCCAGUUCUUUAGCUCCAGCUUCGCCAGGGCCCGCCCCUCCUCGUAUUCCAGGCAAACUUAGCCGUCCUGCGUACAUUGCCUGUCAGCACUCAAUCUGACCAUCACACUCUUCGCAGGAACUGGAACUCCUCAGGGGAAAAAAGGAUGAAUUAAAGCUUAAUCCCGCCUCCCAGAUGCUUGCCUCCUGCGCGAAACACCAACUAAUCAAUGGGGAGAUGCUAUCGGAACGCUCUCACUCCUUCGGUUGCUCAACUUCCGAGGUCGACCUUCCUUCUUUCUUGGUGGCUUCGCUUCGCCCCACUUGGUUGGUACUGCAUGUCGUUAGUUCUGGUUCAGUCGACGGUCAUUUCAUGACACUCGUUCCCACCUGGGAUCAGGUCGCCUUCCAGACACUGCCGACUGCCAGAGAGAAGCGGACAGGACCGCUGCCAGGUGGAGCCCAUCCAGCGUUUUGUUUCUGCCUUUUCGCUUGGGGCCCACGACGGCUGCCUCGGUUCCAGAUGUUUGGGUCUCGCCGGAAGAUUAGGGACUAUAUCCAAUUUCCCAGGUUUGCUGGAUUGUUCUUCUCGCUGCGCGGCGGUGGGCAACUUCCCCCUCAGAUCCGUACCGUGACCAAGGUCUGGUUCCCCAGACGAGAGGAACCAGCUGUGAUCGUCCCAAAAACAUCGAGAUUCCCCACGAGAGAGAAGCUGAAGUGGUCAGGAGCAAUAGUCCAGACGGAAUUGGGCAAUCGUCGAUGCUGAUCAGGGACAGUCUCCGCUGGAAAGUCUGCAAACUGGAUUUUUCCUUGAGAUCGAAGCAUCACCCUCGGACGAUAGAACUUAAUCGACUAGUCUCAUCCUAUCCCCUGCUCCGGACACCACGAGCAGAGCCAGAGAAACGUGUGCUGCCCGCACAGAAUCCACACUAGCAGGUGGGAUUGAGUUCGCCACUUUUUCUGGUGCCGAGCUUUCUGCGUAGCCCCGAAUUGCCUCGUAGAGUAUGAGCUGAGGGUUUACCCUGGGUGACGGUCUCGUUGGUUCUAAAGACAGGCUCUGUGUAUCUUACAGACAGACGCGAGGGGGGCAUUCGAGGGAAUGCUGGUGUGGCUGUAACUGGGGUCUUGUACGGUGCUGGUUUGCUUAUAUCCCCGACCCCAGUCUGUGCUUUGCCUUCCCUUGUGUUUUCCUUUCCCCAGAUCUAUUCUCAUCCCG